AGGCCGGUGAACGUGUCGGCGCUGUCGAAGGUCACGAAGGACGACCUCGGCCUGCUGCCCCAGCCAGUCAAGCCGAGGUUCAAGACGGCGCUCGUCGGCGUGUACGUCCGCAGCGCGCCCUUCGGCGGCGCCGACAAGAGCUCCAACGGUCACCGCUACGACUCCAUCCCCUUUGCCAACGGCAUGAUCGCCUCGGGUAUGAGCUGCCAGCUGAUCAAUUACGUGCACGAUGAGCACGAUACCUUCUUCGACGUUGUGAAGUCUUUCGACGCUCUCAUCGUCCGGUGCAACCCGGGACAGAUCAAGGCUGACGGAGGCAGCCAGGAGAAGUUUGAUGACAGCAUGCGCACUCUGCGCAAGGCUGGCAUGCAGGUCUGGCCAUCCCCUGAUGUGAUGGAGUUCAUGGGCGCCAAGGAC